AUCCCUAUCGGAAAGUGCUACUGACAGUUUGUGCCCAAAAACUACACGAAAAAAUGACAUUGGUUGCUCGCAGUUUGACAGAUUAUGUAAGCCGAAAAUCUUCGUAGUUCGAACGAGAUCGAAAGGUGUAUCAGCUGAGUAACUUCCGCACAUUCAGUAACGAUGGCCGCACGCAGAAUCGCUCAGUCCAGCGUUAAUUGGGCCGCCCUGGCCGAACGCGUUCCGCCGAACCAGAAAACUAACCUUACCGCAUUCAAGUCGAUGAGCGACAAGUAUCUGCGAAGCGUAAUGGCCAACCCGGAAGCCCCACCCAAGUUGGACUGGGCUUACUACCAGAAGAAUGUGCCCAUCGCCGGAAUGGUGGAUAAGUUCCAGAAGGCCUACGAAGCCCUGCAAGUCCCGUACCCGGUUGAUAACGUGACGGCCCAGGUCGAAGCUCAGGAAAAACAGGUUCGCGAUGAAAUUGCCAAGUUCUGCAAGGAAUCCGAGGGCAGAAUUGCCGACUACCAAAGCCAGAUCGCCGCCCUCAAGGCUCUGCUUCCGUUCGACCAGAUGACCAUGGAAGACUACCGCGAUGCCUACCCCGAUCAAGCUUUGGACCCCAUCAACCGCCCAACGUUCUGGCCACACACCCCCGAGGAACAGGAAGUUGGUGCUCCCAAUGCUGAGCCUCAUCAUUAAGGGGAGGAGUUUUCGAAGCGAUUAGGCAGAAAAUAUUAUGCUUUCUAGAAAAGCUGCCGUUAGAACAUCAAAUUGGUCAAAUUUAAUUGAAUAAAAGCUACCGUAUGAACUAAA